AUGGAAUCAUCAGAUGAUUCCACUAUCGCUCCUCCUCCUCCGCCACCACCACCACCACCGUCUUCUGAACCCGCCUCUCAGGAAGAUCAUUAUGUAGCAUCAAUAACAGAAGAGCAUGAGGUAACCUGUUGGGGUUGUGGUUUGAUCCUUAUUCUUUCGCCCUAUACGCCCAUUUUUAAAUGUGGCUGGUGUGGAGCCAUUACAAAUCAUAAUGCAGUUAAAAGUUAUGUUAAGUACUUUUGGUGGAGACGUCUGCGAGACAGGUGUUUCGUUUGUGUUCUCGUACUAUUUAUGAUCUUCAUUAUAGGUGGUGGUAUAUGGGCUAUUUAUCCUAUUGUCUUUUCCAUAAGUUAUUUUUGUGGCAUAUUCAAUAUGACCAUGUCUAUUUUCUUUUCAAUAACCACAAUUUUGACAUACAUCUUUUCUGCAUUCCGUUCUCCUGGUGAAGCCCCGCUCAUACCCUGGGGUAGCUAUCCAGCUGUGGGAAAAGGUGGUCUUGAAGGCUACACCUUUUGCAACUACUGCCAAAAGCCAAAAUCAUCUAAUUCUCAUCAUUGUCGUUCGUGUGGCAUCUGUGUGUUGGACAUGGAUCAUCAUUGCCCCUUUAUUGGGAAUUGUGUUGGUUCUGCGAACCAUCGUGUCUUCAUCCUCUUUCUCAUCUCAGCAGUGAUAAGUAACUUUUAUGUUUCAGUCAUAUCUUCAUUCACAGCAUUUCACAUCUGGCCACCAUUACGACACUUUCCUAUCUCGGUUCUAAGUAGUCCCGUUGACUACACGUUGGUUUAUGGAUUUCUCAAGCAAAUUGCUUUCUCAUUCUUUACAUCCAUAGAGUCUUUACCCAUCAGAGGUUUUGUUCUCAUUUACCUAUUUAUCGCAAGCAUUUCAGUGGAAGUCGGGUUAUGUGUGCUUUUGUGGCAGCAAAUGUCUUACAUAUACCAAGGCAAGACAUAUUUAAGCUCCCUGAGUUCUCGUGGGAACCGGAAUAGCAAAAAAGACUGCCAAAAUAUCGUUCGGUUCUUUGGGUGUCCUUAUUCUGCGACUAGAUAUCUGCUAGGUUUUUGGAAUUCUAGAAAGACUCACAAGAAGUGA